AGUUCCUUCCACUUCAAGGAUUACGCCAGCGCUUAGUAAUAGGAAAGAAAUAUUUUGAAAUUGUUUAUUUUAUCAGAGAAUUGUUAAUUAAUUAAAAUGGAACAUAUAAAUGUUAUACCUAGUGAAAUGUUAAAUUUAAUACCGAAGUUUGAAGGCGACGGUAAAACAUUGAAUUUAUUCCUAAGGGAAUGCCAAUAUGUUAUAAAUAUAUAUAGAGGUCCUGAUGAAAAUGUAACACAAAACAGUUAUGUAUUUCAUGCGAUAACCAGUAGAUUAGUAGGACGCGCAGCAGCAUUGUUAAGCGAGCGCGAAGAUAUUAAUACAUGGAUAGCAUUAAAACAAGUGUUAACCCAGCAUUUUGGAGACCCCAGAUCGGAAGCUUGCAUAGCGAUCGAACUAGAACAAAUUAAAAUCAAACAUGGAGAGUCGUAUAGCGAGUUAUGUCAUCGUAUUCAGAAUGUUAAGAGCACGCUGAUGUCCAAAGUCAACAUGAUUGAGGACGAAGGCAUUAAAGCAGCUAAAGUAAUUAUAUACGAUAAUACCGCGUUAAAUGUCUUUCUAUUCAAUCUAACUGAAGACAUGAUUAGAGUGAUUAGACUUAGAGGUUGCACCACAUUAGAGCAAGCCCUAAGCAUUGUGACUGAGGAGGAAAACUUCCAAUUUCAGUAUAAUAUGAAAAAUAAGAACAAAGGAGUCACACCUACUCCUAGUAAACCCAGUUUUACCCAAUCUCAACCGGCAUUUAAACCGAAUUUCGUAUCGCCAACUCAAGCAUUUAAGUUUGGCAUACCUUUCAAUAAUAAUAAUCCAUUCAAACAAAACUUCACACCUUUCAAUAGGUUUAACCCAAAUGGACAAAACUUCAGAUAUAAUAUGCCACAGAAUCCUAAUAAUAUGUCCAAUCAACCCAAGUUUGUUUUCUCAAACCAGAAUCCACAAAAUUUCAGAUUCCAGCCUAAUCAAAAUCCUAGACCUAUUUAUAGAAUGCCUAGCAAUAAUAACAAUCACUACAGACCUAAUCCAUAUUCGGUUCCAAUGAAUCGAUUCAAUCAAUUCCCACAACAAAAUAACCAAUUUAAAUUCGGAUUAAGCAACCCACCUUUGGCGCAGCGUCCCUCAUACAAGUUGGACACUGAUGUUUCAAUGCGUUCAGCAGCUCCAAUCCAUCAUAACUUAAUAAAUAACCCUGAAACCCCGGAAACACUCUUUUACGAGCCCGAGCCCGAGAGUCCCGAGGACCAGUACUAUUAUUACUACGACGAUCAGUACGAGGACGUACCUCAGUAUGAAUCAGAGCAAAUAGUAGAACCGGAAACUCAUAAUGACGAAAAUUUUCAAAUAGAAGCCUCACCGGAUAUAAAUCGGAAGUGAUAAAUCUAAAUUAUUAUGACGGAAUGUUAAGAUUGCCACACGUGUUAAUACCUGAAAUCAAAGCAAAGUUUAUGAUAGAUACGGGAAGUACACGAUCGUUCAUAAGCCCGAAAAAGGCUAACGAGUAUUUCAACGCCUAUAAAUAUGUAGAGCCAUUUGAAGUCAUUAGCACGCACGCGCGUAGUAGCCAUAAUGAAGUAAUCCAUAUUCCAUUAUUAAAAUCAUUUGCAACCAUAGGAAGCCAUAAGUUUUACGUGUAUAACGUAGACAAUCGUUUCGAUGGCUUGAUAGGUAGCGACUUGUUAAAACAGUUGGGCGCUACCAUAGACAUGGACAAACAAAUAUUAAAAACUCAUAACGCACAGUUGCGAAUAAUAUAUAGCCCACCAUAUGAAGUAACUAUAGCACCGCGAUCCGAGUCACGUGUUAAAAUCCCCACCACUGUGUCAGAGGGUGACGCAAUAAUUAAUUAUACUAACUUCGGACAAGGCGUCCGUAUGCCCAGUGCUCUCGUGAGCUGUCAACGAGGUUACGCGUAUACCGUGAUCCAAAAUAGUUCGGAUAACUAUAUAACGAUAACUAUAUCUAAACCAUUCGCAGUAGAACCGUACAGUGUCAGUGAAAUACCAGUUAAUAAUAUCAGUGACGCACCGCAAGGUUAUGAGAUCGACGAAGUGUUACAGCAGAAUCUGGAAAAACUCAGGUGCCUCAUCCUGAUGAUGAUCCUGACAAUCCGCGCCCGGGCCCUUCAACUCGACAAACUUGAUACGAUACCAUGAUUAAAGAAUUAAAAACGAAUCAAGACGCUAUUGCAAAUAAAGUAACGAUCUUAUCCGAAAUGGCGGGUAUUAUAGCCAAUAAUACCAAUGCAACUCGACACAAUUUCGCCCAAAUCAAUAAAGAGCUAUUAAUAAUUAAAAAACAGAUAAAUCAAAGUAACGUAGAAAAAUUAGAAAACAAGAUCAUUCAAGUAUUUCAUUUAUUUAUUCAUAACUUUCAAACGAUCUUUACACAUUUGGACGACAUUGAAACCGCUAUAGCUUUUAGUAGACUUAAGGUGUUACAUCAAUCAAUAAUCGAUAAUAAGGAAUUGUUAAAUGUAUUAAAACAGAUCGAAAUGACUAAUAAGUUAGUAUUCCCAGCUAAAUUAGCGAAUUUAGUUAAAAUUGAACAGACCAUAGAGUUAAAAGCAUAUUUUAAAGAAAGACAGAUAACGUUUAUUAUGAGCAUUCCCUUGGUUACACCCGACAUAUAUAAUUACUAUAGAGUAAUUCCUUUACCCAUCCUUAAUAAAAAUAAUAUCACCACCAUCCUUGCACCUAAAUCCCCUUUUAUCCUGGUACAAGAGGCGAAAACUUGGUCGCUCCCCUCACCAUGCCAGGAGAUCGACGAAAACCUUCAUCUAUGCAGAAAUGUGGAUACUACUACACAAGAACAGGACUUAUGCACUUCAAGCUUAAUGAAAUCGGAAACUAACACUUCCAUGUGCAAACCUAUAGCCGUGGAAAUCAAUAACUUGUACAUCAGAUCUUUUUAUGAAAACUGGUGGAUUGUGUAUUCCAGAAAUCCGGUAACCCUGAAGGAAACUUGCAAGGGGGAAAUCACGAGAAAACAACUUCGUGGC